CGUGGGUUGCUUUGACGCGCCGCUGCAGCACCGGAAGCCAAACACGGAAUCGGCGUUGGAGCGAUCUUACGUGUCAUUCCCAGAGUUUCAGUGAUUCAGAAACCUGCCGACAGCAGUUGGUUAGCAGAACCCAGCGGUCAGCGUCUCGUUGAUGAACGGUUGCUAACGGCAGAAGCAUGAAGGCUUUGAUCCUGGUGGGGGGGUACGGGACCCGGCUGCGACCUCUCACCCUGAGCGUCCCCAAACCUCUCGUGGAGUUCUGCAACAAACCCAUCCUGCUGCACCAGGUGGAGGCGCUGGUGAAGGCUGGGGUGGACCACGUGGUUCUGGCGGUGAGCUACAUGUCAGAGCUGCUGGAGAGAGAGAUGCGAGUGCAGGAGCAGAGGCUCGGGAUUCGGAUCUCUCUCUCUCAUGAGAAGGAGCCUCUGGGAACCGCUGGUCCCCUGGCAUUGGCUCAAGAGCUGCUGAACGUCGACAGUGAGCCGUUCUUCGUUCUCAACUCAGACGUCAUCUGUGAUUUUCCCUUCAAAGAUCUGCUGCAGUUCCACCGGAACCACGGCAAGGAGGGAACCAUCGUGGUGACGCGGGUGGAGGAGCCCUCUAAGUACGGUGUGGUGGUGUAUGAGGCGGACAGCGGGAGGAUCCAUCGGUUUGUGGAGAAGCCGCAGGUCUUUGUCUCCAACAAAAUUAACGCCGGCAUGUACAUCUUCAAUCCCAGCAUGCUCAGCAGGAUCCAGCUGAGACCAACGUCCAUAGAGAAAGAAAUAUUUCCUGUCAUGGCAGAGGAGGGGCAGCUGUAUACCAUGGAGCUGCAAGCUCACAGCUCCACCAGACGUUUCUGGAUGGACAUCGGUCAGCCUAAAGACUUCCUGACAGGGAUGUGUAUGUACCUCCAGUCACUACGGCAACACGCUCCUGAGAGGUUACGCACCGGCCCCGGUUUCCUUGGCAACGUCCUGGUGGAUCCAACGGCGCAGAUCGGGGAGAACUGCACCAUCGGCCCGAACGUCACCAUCGGCGCCGGCGUGGUCGUGGAGGACGGCGUGAGGAUAAAACGAUGCACGGUGCUAAAAGGGUCGAGGGUUCGAUCGCACUCGUGGCUGGAGAGCUGCAUCGUGGGGUGGAGCUCGUCAGUGGGCCAGUGGGUGCGUAUGGAGAACGUGACGGUGCUGGGGGAGGAUGUGAUUGUGAAUGACGAGCUUUACCUGAACGGCGCCAACGUCCUGCCUCACAAGUCCAUCAGCGAGUCCGUGCCGGAGCCACGGAUCAUCAUGUAGCGUCAGGUGGAGGAAAAAUCCCGGCGCCUUUUCUAUAAACUCGAUGAAGACCCAAACUGUGCCAGAGGAGAGGGACGAGGAGGAGGAGGAAGAACAAACGGCUUCUUUUUCUUUUGUUUGAAUUAAUUUGGACUUGUUUUAGCCCUGCUUGGCUGCAUUAGUCUGAAGGAAGGUUUCUUAAAGACUCACAGGUCAAACGCUCAUGUUGGUAAAGAUGAGAGAAGGUGCUGACGUCAUGGGUGGAGGGACUGAAGAUCAGUGUACUGAGGAGGUGGUGGGGUUACAGAGCACUAUGAACACUGCUGGUUAGAUUCACUAUGCAUUUAAACCACAGCUGCAGGUCGCGGUGGCUGAUGCUGGACUCUGACUAAACGCAGUGUUGGUCACAGGCCAGUGUGCAGGAUUUCUGAAGAGCCGUUAGCAGAAAUGUAAUAUUCAUAAUUAGUGUUUCUACAGCAGCCCAGAAAGGACAAACAAUGCAGGCUAUAAACACGUCCUCCCACAUGUUUAUGACUAUAACUGUAGGCGCUCCGACAUGUCUGUAAACCACAGACUGUACAUCAAAGAUGGAUGAAGUUAUGGCCGCUGCCAGGUCGUUUCUUUGGACCUCGAAGUAUUUAGAUGAAAGCGUGAAGUUAUCAGCUGGGCCUAAUUAGCAAAGGUGAAGACUGGCAAAGAAAUGAGACCUCUGUCAUAUGUCUGUGUAGAUACUCAGUCAUCCAGGUCAUAGUCGCCUCUGGAGCCUGAAAAAAGGCGACUGGACUUCUUUUUGGUUUCACCUCUCAUCCAAACUCACAGGCGUUUAAGUACCCGGGUAUUUAAACAGGGGUUUAAAUACCCGGGUAUUUAAACACGGGUUUAAAUACCCGGGUAUUUAAACAGGGGUUUAAAUACCCGGGUAUUUAAGCGCCCACAGGGGUUUUAAAGCCUUUUGGAUGAGAGGUGAAACGUCUUCAAGAAACAAAAAGAAGUCCAGUCGCCUUUUUUCAAGCUCCAGAGGAGACCUCUGCCAGCACACCUGUCAAUCAAAGUGGCCACGCCUCCAAUUUUAAGCCUUGGCAAAAUCAAAAUGGCUGAAUUAUAUUUAUAUAUGAAAUCAUCCUCCACACAGUUGUUACCAGGCUGCUAACACGCUUAUUUCUGCUGUUGAUUUUUAACAUCGAGGGGACUGACUCAGUCAUAGCGCUGCCUCCAGUGGACAUCAGAGGAAGUGCAGUUUCCAGCAGCGCUGCUUUGGCUUCAGUUCAGUCCUGGAGGUUGCAGCUAAUUGGAAACAUGUUGAUGAUUCAGUGUGUUGCAGUCUACAACCUCACCACUAGGUGGCACUGAUUCCCACACACUGGUCCUUUAAAGCCACAGCAGUUUAUUAACGAGGGCAGCAGAACACGCUGCAAACACCUCCGUGAACAUGUGAAUGUUGGAGUCGUGUUUGUGUCCACCUGAAUGUAAUUUUUGUCUCAUAACACUCGAUGAUUGGAUCCAUUUUUAUACAGAAAUACAGAUUAUUGCAGCUUUAGUAAACGUUGGUCUCGUGACCCUGAUGAACUUUUUUCUCUUCUUUCUUUUUAACGGUUCGAUUCGAUGUCAGGUGAACAACAACUUUAUAACAUGGAUGACUUCAGUGUGCUGUGUGAUCUGCUUUUCAGAAUAAGUGUACAGAUUAAAUAAAUACACUGUCUAAAAGUUCCUGCUCCA